UCUCUGAAGUCCAGUUCAUCAUCUCCAGCCCUCACGAUGAUCCAGAGCCUAUAAAAGAGCAUCUUCUUGCCAUUCUGAGAGAAAACGGCUGCUUUGUUAUCGGUGAAUCUCAGGAUUUUACAAGACUAAACAAGAACAAUGAGUGCAUCCAAACUUCAGGAAAAGUAAUUCUGCUAGACACAAUUAAUGUCUAUUUCAAACUGGAUAAUUCUUUGAAUAACCUUCAGACUUUGUAUUCAAAUUUUAAUUAAGAAUAUGUUAAAUAUGAGUAUAGUUACGUUCAGCACUGGCCUAUCUGUCUGUCUGUGUCUCGGCUGCAGAAGUGAGGUGAGAAUCGGACACUCUCCUAAUAAGAAGGAGGAAGAGUUUGUAGUCAAAAGGGGAGAAAACGUUUUUCAAAGUCUGCAGAAACUCAACAUACCCUGCAGUCAGGAUGCGUUGCCACACAUUGCAUUACUGGGUUCUGGAGGAGGACAAAGAGCCAUGGUGGGUUUGCUGGGAUCCCUGGUUCAGCUUGAGAAAGUGGGUCUUCUGGACUGCAUCCUUUAUCUGAGCGGAGUCUCUGGAUCCACCUGGUGCAUGGCCUCCUUAUACAAAGAACCAGACUGGUCCACCAAACUAGAGACCGUGAAAGACAAAAUCAUCGAGAGACUCAGCGGACCAGGAGUGAGCUGGGGAGACGCAUUUGUCAAACUGAAGAAAUAUUACAAUGAGAGAGACUUCUUCAGCUUGACUGACCUCUGGGCAGUGAUGGUUGUCACAUCAUAUGUGAAAGAGAUAGACGAACACACACUCACAGAUCAGUGGGACCAUCUCAGUAAAGACCCGUUUCCCAUCUACACAGUGAUCGACAAACAAUACAAACAGGAGGAGAAGAGAGGAGACCCCUGGUUUGAGAUCACUCCAUAUGAAGCAGGUUAUUCCCUCACUGGAGCGUUUGUGGACACCUCCAGCUUCGGCAGCCAGUUUCACAACGGCUCAAAGAAAAAACAGCAGCCUGAAAUGGACAUGCUGUACCUGCAAGCUCUGUGUGGCAGCGCUUUAGCUGAUGGAAAGGAGAUUAAGAAAUUUCUCUUGGAAAAAAUAAAAGAGUUCUUUAAACAUUUAUUACCGACAAUACAAACAGAGAUGUUUGAGGAAAUGAGGAAAGACCCAAAAGGCCCACCUGUAGAAAAGUGUUUCCAGGUUCUCAUGGAUCUCAUGGACAUGAAUCUCUCUGUUUUAAACGUCAAAGACCCUUCUGCUUUUGACCAAUCCAUCAGAAAAACACUGAAAAAGCUCGGUGGAGGCAAACAUCAGCUGAUUUUUCCUAUAGAAAAACUGAAUCUUGCUGAUAAACAAGCUGCAAAACUGUAUAUGAAGCAACACACUGAAGAUGUGUGUAAUCAUCUGAGUCAUUGGUUCAGUUUCUGGCCUUUCAAUGUUUGGAUGAGCAUUUGUAGAUGCAUGGCUCACUGGAUCUGGGGCAGGAAUUAUAACUUCCUCCAGAACAUGAAUGAUAAAGCAGCACUGUCCACUAUUAAUAAAAGUGAGACGAGAGACUAUGAAGAUGCCGGACUGUUGCUGAACUCUCCUUUCUUCUCAGUGCUGAGAAAAGAAAGAAACAUUGACCUCAUUAUUUCACUGGAUUUCAGCAAAAGCGAUCCUUUCACGACAGUGACGCAAACUGCUGAUGUGUGCAAGAAACUAAAGAUCCCUUUCCCCGAAGUCAACAUUCCCAGUGAAGACCUGAAGAAACCGAAGGACUUCUAUGUGUUCAAAGGCCAAAACUCUCCAACCGUGAUUCACAUCCCUCUGUUUAAUGUGGCCAACUGUGGAGAUGAUAUUAAGACCUGGAGGAAAAAAUAUCGCACCUUUCAAGAUCCUUACAGCGCUGAGAUGAUCACUGAUCUUAUGGAGGUCGCUGGAAAAAACAUCUCAAACAACAGAGAGAAACUGAAGGAGCAGAUUGCGGCAGUCGUUGGGAAAAAAGCACACAACUGAUGAGAAUCUGAAGAGUGCACAAUGUUGUGAAAUGAAAAGGCAAAGCCAUUACUGUUUGUUUUAAUGUUUUUCUUUUUUAUGUAAAAUGAUGUUCCAGUUCCAGUUAAUGUUGACACAUUUUUCAGAUUAAAUAAUUAAACAUUACUUACACUAUCUACUAUGUAACUAAUGUUCUGUUUAUUAAAAACAAAGCACAUUUCUCAUCAA